AUGCCCCUAUACGCCUACAGAAUUUGCGGGCAGCUGGACUACGCCACGAGCGGCCUUCUAAUCAUCGCCAAAGACAAACUGAGCUGCAACAUCCUGAAUUACAACAUAGAAAGCAAGCGCAUAAGCAAAAUAUACCUAGCAAUACUGUACGGACACCUACCCCUAGGAGUUCUCCAUGUAAACACACCAAUAAGUAAAAUCAAAAACAAAUUUAAAAUGAAAUUAUGUUACAACUAUAAUGACUACUAUGACACUGGGAAAUAUUGUUACAGUUUAAUUUAUCCGUAUAAGCAGUGCUACUUAAAAAAUGAGAAGGUAACCCUGUGUGAGCUUAGGACGAUUACGGGGAGGAGGCACCAGCUAAGGCUGCAUGCACUCUGUCUAGGCAGCGGAAUUGUGGGAGAUGAAACGUACUUUGAGGACAUGAUAAGUAAUAAGUAUAAAAUUAGUUGGACUUACAACCCUUGUGAGGAACAGACAGGAGCAGGAUCGCUUGCUGAGGGUGACCAACAGGACCGAUGCUUUCCCACCCCAGAGAGACCAAUCGCCAAAAUCGAUGCCGAGCGGAUGAUGCUUCACUGCUGGAUGAUCCUAAAAAAUAACGAGGACCAAAAGAAGCAGCUUAAAAAAACAGAAGACAUAAACAUGUUGGAAAAAAAAAUAUUCGAUCGGGAUUACAUCAUCUGCUCAGAUGAAAUAAGUAAAUUUGUUAAUGAAGAAGAAAGGACGUAUGACCAGUGCGUCUUAAAAAACGACGACUUAGUAAAUAAUAAUUUUGUUAAUUACAAUGUUAAGAAUAUAAAUAAAAAUAUUAAAAAUAUUGAUAGAAGGUUAAGCAGAGGGAAACAUGACCCCCUGAUGAGGAGCCCUGACACAGUGGAAAGUUUAAACGAAUUGGACGCCUCACAUUUGUUGAACAGGGAAGAGGCAGAUAAAACUGGAAAAAGAGAAAAUAACUCACAGGGGAAUGGCACUAGUGAGAAGGGACAGCUGCAUCAGACACAUAGUGUUAUACCUACCGAGGACCACACCGAGUUGCAUUUGCACCCAAACAAAAUGCAAACCGUUGAUGUAACGGGCACCCUUAUAAAUGCCCAGAAGCUAGAUAAAAAUUCCAUUUAUUUGGUGAAAAAUGACAUGUAUGAAAAUCCGAACCUUUUGUUCGACGACAUUCACGACAGUGUUAAUAAAUUUAAUUGGGGUUAA